AGCCAAACCACCCAGAACUACCCUACGGCAUGUCGAUCAAGGCAAUGACACCGCCAAUAGGGAUAAGCCCCUUUGAUACCCGGACAACCCUAACAAACCAUCGAUUUUCGCCCGUGAUUUCCCUCGAAUCAACCAGUUUUGCCACGGAGUUAAUACAACAACAAUAUAGCACUAGCAUACUUGAUUUGUUUAAUUUAUAUGGAGAUAAUUUCAAGUAUGAAAUUCCUAACCAACAGUUUCGCAUAGUUAACAAUCAAUUAAUCACCCGGAACUAUUCGUCGUUUCCCAUUAGAUUUAUAGAUUUGGAAAGUGUGCUUAGUGGCGGUGGUGUCGCCGGAUUAAGUGAAGUUGAAAAGAAGCUAUACGAGAGCUGCAAAGACACAGGGGUAACUGAAGAGUUAUACCGCGAUAUGUUUGGGCAUAUGGUUGGUAAUGACGAUUUGCUACUUCCAUUUGAAACGUUUAACCAUCCAAUAAGUCAGGUUUUCGUCAUCAGUAUGCAAGAUUCAAUUGACGAAUUACGAAAUAUGAUUGUCAAGUUUAGAAACCACAAUUACCCCUUAUACUUUCAAAUGAAUGAUUUGUUAUUUCAUGUUGUUAUUCUCUACCAAGAAGAUUCUAAUGACGUUAUCUCUUUCCAAAAUGAAAUCAAAAGCAAGCUUAAUUUGAAUAGUACAGUCAUACCAAUAGAAACCACUGUUGAUACAACCAUACGGUACAAACUCAAUGAAUUCAUAGUGAAGAAUUUAAUUCCACACAUUCAAAUGAAGAUUAGAUUAUGGGACGACCAAUAUUUACAACCCAAGAAAUCCAUCACCAAUAGAUUUAUAUCGGUAUCCAAGCGAUUCUUCAAUAACAACAGUGAUUCACAAUUAGCAUCGUCCACAUCCACAGCAAGCACAGCCAGUCCGUUCAAUUAUAACGAAAACUACUACUAUAAAGGCUCGUCACAGCAAGUGUUACGAAAACUAGCUGAUUGGUCAUUAAUGAUUAAUGAUUUCAAAUAUGCAUACACCAUCUACGACCUAAUCAAGAAAGAUUACUCCCAAGACAAGGCCUGGAUUUACGUGGCAUCUACGCAAGAAAUGUGCAUUGUAAGUUUACUACUUGCACAAACUGAUCAACUGAGCAUUUCUGGACCCGACAAGAACACGCUUCGAAAGAUUCGUCAUGAUAUCAUUGAACCGUUUAUGGAUAAUUUGACAUAUACUUAUAAAUCGCGAUUCAAUUAUACACACUUGAAUAGGAAAUGUUUAAUAAUUGUCAUUGAAUUGUUGUUAUGCAUGAACAAACUAUAUAACUUGUCCUACUGGUGGAUUGAUUUGAUUGAAUUGUAUUUGUUACAGUUGGUCGAUGAUAUAGAGCAUGAAACUCAGGGACAACAUCUGAUCAUCAAAGCAUUGUUUUACGAGAGAUUGGGAUAUAGUUUUGGGCAUUACUACAUUCCACCAAUUGUCGAUAAAUCUGAAGAAGAAAACGAAGUGGACGAGGAAGAGGACGUGAAUCCAAAUAAAUUAGUACCACCAGUAAACAACUCUGUUAUUGGCUUAACCAGAUUCAGAAAAUCAAGCUUAUGGUAUUUGCUAAGCAUACGAGAAUGGUUGGGUAUCUUGGAUAAACUGAAGUUAACUUUUGUAAUUGACAAUAUUAAUGUAGAAUAUCAAGUCCAUGAUCUGGUGAUAAAGGAGAUCUUGCAGGGGUAAGCUAGUACAGUGGAAGCGGUAUAUAUAUAUAUGGAGGUAUGUUAGAUUUUAUAGAACAUAGAUAAUUUACAAUUUUCAUUCUACUCCUAGAUCAAGCUGUGUAAUAUCUAUUGAUGCAUAUUCUAUCAAAGUCUAUUAAUGAUCAAUUUCUUUCAAUGCCAUUUUCCUCCGUUUAUCCAUAGUAUUAUUAAUCCCCGUAGACCCACUUGAACUGAACCAAUGGAAAACCUUGGAAAUGUUCAACACACCAACGUCUUUAACACCUUUCAAUGAAGAUACGGCGAAUAGCUUACUAUUAAACUGUUCAUCUAACCCUGAACUCAACGUAUGUUCUUUCCCUGAGAUCAACUUAUACUUGAUUGCCAAUUUGAACCCAAUUGAAGAUACAAGUUGAAUUAUGGUUGAUAAAGGAUAUGGGAAGAAUGUAUGUAAUGCAAAUUGGUCUGAUUGUUUUGCUUCCUCUUCCUUUGGUUCGAUUGGACUUGUCUUUGAGAAUGGAAUCAAGUACGAUUGUCCUUCAUUUAAACUUGUCUUGACAAACCUGAGGUAGAACCAUGAUAUGAUAAAUCCAUAACAGCACAUUAAGUAGGUGAUGUAAUAUUCUGAAUUCAAAAAGGCCAAUACAAGACUUAGGAUGAUGAGUAUGAAUGACAUGUACUUUACUUUGAUCCGUAAGUUCCCCUUGAAUAGUAUGAAGAAGUGAUUAGGGAUACGUUGUUUGAUUGCCACAAUGAAACCCAUAAUUAUACCCAUACUACUCAAAACCACCGGCACUUCCGACUCUAUAAACCAGCUCUUGAAGGAAUAGUACAAAUAUAACAAGGAAUUAGUCACAAUAACGUUAAACAUGACAAAUUUCAAGAAUUCAGGACUUGACCAUACGUUUUCAAGGUACCUCCCCAAAUAAAACAUACCAACAAUACUAACAAACAACCCAAUGAACGUUUCCUCAACAAAACUUGCUGUCACUAGAACCCAAGGGUAUGCCAACACUGUAGACUUUGAAGGAAUGAAUGUGAGUAAAGGAACAAACAACUCAUGAGGAUGUGGUAUGCUUGUCAGUUCUGGUGUGUCGGGGUUAGGUGUGGACUUGGAAGAUGCAACUAUUAAUACAAAAUACGUGUAAUAUUUCAAGAUGAAAUUAAGGAGGGUUAAUGUUAUUAGUAUCACCAAUAGGAUACUUGUGACUUUGGGAACUGCCAUUGUAUGUGAAGCGAGUUCUUCUCUGGUGAUUCUUGAGUGGUU